CCUUUGCUGAAGACCCUCGUUGCUGUUCCCUCUUCGUAGCCGCAAUUGCUCUUCCUUCGCGAAGAAGAGGUAACAGCAUCUGACACCAGCGCCAGUUACCGUUUUCCACGCGCUUUCUUCCUUCUCGAAACGCCGUCGUUUGGCUACCACACAUAUAUUUAGCAUCACUGCUUCGAACCUUCUUUUUCUCACCGACGCAGUUUCCGGUUUUAAGGAAGCAUGGGAAAGGUUCAGGUGAGUGACAAGGAAGAAUUCUCUCAAAUGGAGAACAACGAUUUCAGUGAUUCGCAGUUAGUUCAUCACUUCAGAGGUGUGCUUGUUGCAGUGACAACGGGUGAUCGAGAGAAUUACGAUGAGCUCGUUGGUUAUUUGCACCCGAAGAAGCAUCUUAAUCCUGAUGAGGUUGCUAUACUUGUGACAACUUUGAAGGCGCUUUCUGGAGCAGUGUCCUAUAUAGAUUCUGUUCAUCAUGAAUCCCUGCUCUUUGCUGUUUCGAGAAUGAGCCUCUGGAAUUGUGGAAUUGAUAUUAUGGAUGCACUGCUGGAACUCAUCAUAUCUUUGGCUGUUUCCAAUGGAAAAUAUAUCGAUUGGUGUUUGGAGAUGCUUGUGAAAAAUUUUGUGCCGCCUUUUUACCUCUUAGAUUCUCUGAGACAGGAGAACGGAAUUGACAGAAAAAAUAAAGUUCUGUCACGGGUACAUGCAGCAUUGAAAGAAAUAGCUGAUUUGGUGCCUCUUGCACCCUUGCGACUAUCUCCAAUAGUUAUCCAGAAAAUGCCGAGUGUCUUCAGUAAGGAAACUGAGAUUGUCAUGUAUGUCGAGAAUAUGUUGAGGCUGGAGAGUGGUGCACUUGGAGAAACUGUUGGUUCUACCAUGCUGCCUGCUCUUGUGGAUAGGUUGCUAGAGUUGGAUGUGGAAAUUGGAUGGGAUGGAAUCCUGCAAGAAGAUGCUAAAGGCAUAUUUGAAAUGGAGUUAGAAGAUGUUACUGAAUUUACUGAUGAGGAUGAGAAUUGUGAUAGUAUGCUUUCGUCAGAGUUGUUAAAUAGGAAAAAUUUGCAAGGCAACUUGGUGGUUGAGAAAUUAGAUAGCCUAAUGGUGCUGGCAUUUUUGCAUCUUGAAUCCUGUCAAAACAGUGGCCGUUUGGCUGAGGUAUUCAAUACCCUACUGGCUUCAUUUCAGAGAACUGUAUUAAAUGCGUACAAGUCAAAAUUUACCCAGUUUGUGAUGUUCUAUGCAUGUGCACUGGACCCUGAAGGAUGUGGUGUGAAAUUUGCGAUGGUUCUUGCAGAUAUGUUUGGAGGUGAUGCUAAUCCCCCUAUUACUAGGAUGAGUGCUGUUGCUUAUCUGGCUAGUUAUUUGACUCGUGCAAAGUUCCUUUCAGCUGCAUUGGUCACUAGCAUCAUACAAAGCUUGGUUGAUUGGUGUUAUGCUUAUUGCAAGUUCCGUGAUUUUGACAUGAACCCACGAGCACAUCAAGUUUUUUAUUCUGGCUGCCAGGCCAUCAUGUAUAUUAUGUGUUUUCGCAUGAGAUCUUUGAUGGAUGUUCCUAGGCUUAAGUUGCAGCUGCUUAAUAUGCCCAUGGAGGCAAUCUUGAAACAUAAAUUGAGUCCCUUGAAGGUGUGUUUGCCCACUGUAGUAGUGGAAUUUCUUAGACAGGCAAAGGCUGCUCAACUUUUCAUGGCAUCAGAGUCAUUUGUUUUCGAUGAUAUGCUUGAGUCUGAUCUUUCCAAGGCUUUUGGCGGGAUGGAUAGACUUGACAUGUUUUUCCCAUUUGAUCCAUGUUUGUUGAAGAGAAGUGAAAGCUACAUAAGGCCACAUUUUGUUCGCUGGUCAAAAAUCAGAACUACAUAUGAUGACGAUGACGACAAUGAUGAAGUCAGUGAUAGUGGCAGUGAAUUAUCAGAUGAUGAUUUUAUUGACAGGAACGCCAAGGAUAUGAUUGACGAUGAUAUGAUGGUGAGCGUUGAAGGCGCUGAUUUUAACCCUGACUUGAACAAAAUGUCUAUUACUCCCAGAAAAUCUUUUAAACAUGGGUUUGAGACACCGUUGAAUCAAUGUACGCGAAUGCCAGCAAGAAUCAGACCGUCCACUAGUCCGGAGUCUCUGUGAUACCUAUCUGCUUGUGAUGAUCUCUUUACAUAAAAUAGGAAAUCUGUCGAUCUUUCAGUGUUCAUGCCAGGAACUAAUCAGCAUAGUGGUGUCCUAUAAAAUAGGGCAUUGAUAUUUUUGGGAUUUGAGUCCUAUACAACGAGGGGAGUUACUUAAAAGGAAAGUGUGGAAUUAUAGCCGUUAAUUUAAGUGGUUCUGCACAUUGGAGGAGCAGAGUCAAAUUCGUAAUGUUCAUAUAGUAUCAUUUUUUUAUUCACACCUUGUACUGUGUUAGUGAGUAGGAGCCGCAAACCCUAAGAUUCGUUCCCUGCUAUAUUGUAAGUAUAAUUUAUGUUGAGGAUACGCUACAUUAGAUGAAAUACAGUAUUUUGUUGAGUUGGAGGACAAAAGAGGUGUGUGUAUAGUCUAUUUUUUUCGUGCGAAGUCUGAAUUCCACCGUGGGUUGUGUACA